UAUAAAAUGUAUCAAUGUCUUCUCUCUAAACUUUAGCUGCAAAAAACACUCACAGGAGGAGAGAGAAUAUCUUCACCGUGGCUCUGGUUUACAACAAACCAUUCUAUUAAAUUUUCUUCAAUUUCUUAUUUGGGUAUUUAACGAACUGGGUAACGUAAAUCGCAUGAUGGGAUCUUGUAUUUGUCCGUUGGAAACUCCGGCGAGAUUGUUGUGGACCACCAGUUUCUUCCGCCACAAGCUCAUGCUCUUCUAGCUAAUUGUUACACCAAUCCGACACACAUAUUUAAUAUAUAUAUAUAUACAUAUAUUUAUAACAUAUAUAUAUAUAUAUUUAUAAGGUUCAAUAAAUAAUUAAGUAAUCAAAAAAAGGGAAAAAUAGUUGCCGGAGAUCUGAGACAAACAUAUGGAGCCGGUUCGUCUUUUCUUCGGUUCAUCUUCUCCGGGAAACACGUUUUUCAUCGGAAACAACGAUCCCCUUUUCCGAGGAAUCAAUUCGGGGAUGAACAUGGAACAAGCCUCUAAGAGGCGACCUUUCUUUAGCUCGCCGGAGGAACUUUUGGAUGAGGAUUAUUACGAUGAACAGAUCCCUGAUCAGAAGAAACGCCGGCUAACCGCCGACCAGGUGCACUUGCUGGAGAAGAGUUUUGAAGAAGAGAACAAACUGGAGCCAGAGAGGAAAACCCAGUUGGCUAAAAAGUUGGGCCUUCAGACAAGACAAGUGGCUGUUUGGUUUCAAAACCGACGAGCCAGGUGGAAGAACAAACAGCUCGAGAAGGACUAUGAUCAUCUUAAGUCAUCUUUUGAUUUUCUACAAUCUGAUUAUGACUCUGUUCUUAAGGAGAAUGAAAGGCUUAAAGCUGAGGUGAUGGCCUUGGUUGAGAAGUUGCAAUCGGAAGAAGCGGUUGCGGUUGUGGAGGCGGUUUCUGUCGUGAAAAACGAUGAUCAUUUUAAGGUUGAAGAUCGUCUGAGCUCGGGCAGUGUUGGAAGUUCGAUUGUGGAUGAAGAUGGUCGUCAAUUGAUGGAUAGUGGUGAUUCAUACUUUAUGAGUGAAGAUUAUCAUACGGUUGGAUGUGGGGCAGCUACUGAGGAAGAUGACGGCAGUGAUGAUGGACGGAAUUACUUCUCCGAUGAAAUUCCGGUGAUGGCGGCGGUGGAAGAGGAGACUGAACAGGGAGAAACAUUGAACUGGUGGGUAUGGUCUUAGAGUUUAGUAUUGCUUUAUUGGUUGGUGGUGAAGCAAGAACAAUUAAGACUUGGCAAUCUAUUUUAUUCCAUUUGGUGGAGAAAUAAAAUAUUAUUAAGAACUAUUGAUGAUGUAAGACUUUUAAUUAAUUAAUGUUGAAGCUAUGUAAUAUGAUAUAUGGUAUAUUGAAUAAAAAUGAUCAUGCAGCUAUCUUGUAACUAA